AUAGUAAGCGAGUGUCAAACAAUCAGAGGUGAUUGUGAUCGUAACAUUGUAGCUGGCGGGUAAAACAAAAUGUCAAAAAUUAAUAUAACCUAAAUAUUUGUUUUGAUUACUAUAAUUUUUAUUUACUAAUUAAAUUUAAUACGGAUAAAUUAAAUUCAAGCGCUUAUAAUUAUAAGCUGUUGUCUGUUCAUUUCAAUUCGUAUUGAAAAGCGUAAAAUUUGAGUAAAAAAUGUUGAAAAUUUUACUAACUUCUACCAAAGCAACUCCUAGAAUAUUUCAGUCGCAAAUCAUUAAUUGUAAUAGUUUAUUAUGUAUUGCAAGCGUUCAUUCAAAUUCGCCAAAUUGUGCAGUGAAAAAAACCACCACUGCUGCUGGAGGUGUGUUGGGUCUGGGCAAGGGCAAGAAAAAGCUCGGCAAGCUGGGUUCAAUGGAAAAAAAGCAGUUGCCUGUGGAAACAGACCCUGAGAAGCUGGUGAACUAUGUUUGCGGCUCCAAUAUUUACAUUACUGGAGAAGAUGUUAAGAUUAAAGAUGACAGUGAAUACCCUGAUUGGUUGUGGACCCUGAAUACGGGAAAGCCACCGCGUAUUGAAGACCUGGACCCAAACACCAAGCAGUACUGGAUUAGGGUAAGGGCUGCUGGCAUGCGCCGGAACAAUAAGUUACGCUCCAUGCGCAAGUUCUAAAAUAUAGGCAUAGGAAUAUUAUAGACAAUCUAUGUAUGUAUUUAUGUAUGCACCUAAAACUAUUUUUAAGUUUAGAAUAUACCAGCUAUAUUCGCGUAUUUAGUAGAUGUAAGCUUGACUAGUUUCGAACCCAUCCAAGGUCCAUAGGUUUCAUAGGGACUCGAAACUAAUUGCAUUUGAUUAAAUACCGAGAACUAAGCGAAAAAUGUAUGUGAAAAAAAUAGAUUCAUUCUCUGUAGAGUAGGUACCAAGAUGAGAAAGAGAUGGCAGUAAAGCAAUGUUAGCCACCAUAAAAUGAAAAUAUCAUAAUUUUCAAAAAUGCACUGUUAGGAAAUAAAAAACAAUUUCAUAAUGUUUUUGGAAAUUGGCUACAUAAUAAAAUAAUUUAAAAAACCUACAAAAAAAUGAAUUGCUAUUUUUCCAACUAAAACUAAAUAAUAGUUAUUUGGAGCAAGUUUUGCACACAACAGGGUCAGAUUUGUCAUUGAGUUGAUUAAAUACCAAAUGAUUUGAAGUUGUGUAUAUUGCCACCUUUAGCAGACAAAAUAUUGUAAAAUAGCUGUAGGUACCAACUUUGCUGUAAGGAAACUAGCCUUAACUACUAUAAAACUGGAACUGAGUCUAUUUAGAUAGAUUUUAUAUUUCAACCAGAAAUUUUAAACGAAAAAUUAUGUUAAUGUAGGCUAAAAGUAAGUUAUUUAGUUUAUAGAAAUAAAGAUAUUGUUACAAGA